UGUCAGCACCACCAAGCACUCUGACCGGAAGUACUGGCAAUAGUGGUGGUAAGAAGCAGCGCAAGCGCCGCCAGGCUGGGCAAGAUCCAGCAAGUGCAACAGCCACUUCUGCGUUACCUAUUGGAGGCUCAGCAUCAGGUUCGCAGAAGUCACAUUGCCCUGUCGCGGUCGGAGGUUUCACGACCUCUGCAAACGGCCCCUCGGCAGCUAAAUUGCCGCGGCUUGGUCAUGCACCCUGUCCUUCUGGCCCUCUGACAAUGAUUAUGAUGCCCCAAUCUUCCGGGGUUUCCGGACUCCCAGGAGCAAGCUCGGCUUGCUCUGCCUCCGAAACUGGUAUGAUGAUUAUGCAUUCUUCAAACACAUCUGCUAAUGGAACCAUCUCUUCUGCCACUUCAACCUCAAUGCCUGUAGCUCGUGUAAUUUCUUCAGGUUCUAUUGCUGGAGGCCUGAGCUUAUCGGCCUCUACUAGUUCUCUUGCCUCCACUUCCGUCUCUGGCUCUGCUGUCUCUAACAUCGCAUCCGCUGUCGCCUCUUCAGCCUCAAACUCUACAAAUGCCUUGCCUUCCGGUCGUUCAGUAUAUGAUUUCGACGAUACUCCCGUUACGAUAGCUAUCGGGACCAGCACUACGGCACUUAUGAUGAUGUCAAAUACAGCUACAACGAUGCCGUCGGCAUUAGUUACUUCAUCCUCCGGAUCUAGUGUCUCUUCGUCUAGUUCAGCAAAUCCUCUACCCACGGGAAGUGGAGGGAUGCUAAUCGGACCUGUAGGGACUAUCCCACCGGGUCUUGUCAAGUCACCUCCUCUCUCAACACUUACUAGUAUCGCGGCUGGUGGAGCCGGAAUUUCUUCCGGCAAUCUCAGCGGCAGCAGUUCCACCUGUGGCAUUGUUGGCGGCAACAUUGGCAGCUCUGUUAGCGUUCCUGGUACUGGCAUUGGUGGAAUGUCUCAUAUGAUAGCCACUUCUGGUGGGACAACUGAAUCUGGUCUAAUAUCUGAUAGAGCGGGUACUCAUUUAGUUACCAAUUCUACUUCUACCUCCCACAGCAGCAGCUCAUGUUCAAGUAAGAUGUUAUUUUUUAAGUUAUUGAGGGGGAAAUUUUACUUUUAA